UUUUUGGAGAUCCAGAAACUUCUGCUUUCCCGGUUAAUUAUGAUGAGAAUCUGACCAUUGGUGAGCUCAAAAAUGUCAUAUUUGGUAAAGUCGGAGUUUUCUAUAACGUCAAAGCAAAGGACCUCACUAUAUAUAAAGUUAAUAUCGAUCUUAAUUCGGAUAACCCUCAACGAACUGCUCUCAGCGAUCAAAAUGCCGACAUUGAGAAGGAUUUGAACGGACAGGUGUUGCUCCCUACAAGAAAAGUUAAAGAGAUUUUUACAGAAUUCUCUCACGAUCAUAUUCACAUAAUUGUCGGAGUUCCUGAAUUUUCCGCAACUUCUGCUUCAAUUUUUGAUUACAGUCAACUGAAAAGGCAGAAUGUUACUCUCUCCAAGAUAAGCCAAAAAAAUCUGGAUGAACUGCUAAAUCAUUUGCAUUUUCGUCAAGAUGUAGUCAAUAUCACUGUGGCUUUAACAAAGAAUUUUGAUAGACCAUUUGUGUGGGAUGAACAAAACGAAGAUCAACACGCGGAAGAUCAAAAGGAUGAAACUGAUGAGGUGAUUCAGCGAGGAUACAUGAGUUAUUUAAACGAAAAUGUCUCUAUUUCCUCGAAAUAUGUCUGGUACAAUUCAAAGCUCAAGAAAGAUCUCUUAAAUGUCAAUUAUGCCGCACUUCCUUACAGCAUAAGUGGGACAACGGAUGUAUUGGUCAUGGACCGACACUUUGUCGGGGCUUUAAAUUUUCGCAGUGGGAUUCGAGCCGGGUUUAAGCUAAAGAAAAAUAUUCAAGAAUCUGACACAACUCAAGCUAUUGCAGAGCUUAUUGCGACAAAUAUUAUUUCAAAUCAUGCCGUUUUUAUUGUUCUCACAGAUUUAAAUAAUACAUGGAUGUUCUAUUGGCUUACAGAUGAUAGAAAAGUUAUGAUGUCUUCAACCGAUUCACUUAAUGCUCUUAACAUUAUUGAGAGUGCACUUUCCGGAACUUCCAAAAUCACCGCUAACUUUCCUAUCGGAAUGAGAAGUAACUACUUUCGUCAUAUGGAAAACACAACACGCAAGAGCAUCAGAGAAUAG